AUGCCCCUUAUACAAAGGGUUGAGCAGUAUCCGUUUGCAGGUAGGGCCACAGAAGAUGCCAACUGUCACCUCUCGAAGUUCGUGGAGAUUGCAAACACUUUGGAAUUGAAUGGUGUCGACGACGACGCCAUUAAGGUAAGAUUCUAUCCCUUUUCAUUAAUUGAUUCUACUAAAGAGUGGUUUGAGUGUCUACCCACAGAGCAAGUCUCCACAUGGAAGGAUAUAGUGGCAGCCUUCCUCGACAAAUACUACCCACCAGGCACCAUCUUAAAGUUGAAGAGUGAAAUCUUCCAAUUCAUGCAAGGCUACGACGAGCCCCUCUAUGAGGCUGUUGCUCGUUUCAAGGGCCUCCUCCGCAAGUGCCCCAACCACGGUUUCACCGUGGACCAUCAAGGGAAAACGGAAGAUUCUUGCGGGAGAGUGGAGCGGAUGCCAUGGCGGAUAAAGGAGUUCGCCAUAAAUAGCAGGGGGUGGUCGAAAGAAAGGCCUAACUCACGAAGGAUAGCAGCCAUUGAAGAGGCCGAAGAAAGCUCCUUUGUGAAGGAAUUGGCCGAGCUUAGUAUGCGGGUUGACCAAAUGGACACAUCUAGAAGAGAGGAUCCAGUUCCAUCAACCUCCGUCAUUGCGGUCACCAAACCCGACACUCCUCCCGCUCCUACUGAGGAUGUCAACUACGUUGAACAAGGAGGCGGUCCCCAUAAGCCUUACAACAACAGUUAUCGCCCUAGCCAGUGCGUGGAAAUGCCUAGGUACGCUAAGCUACUAAGGGAGGCCGUGAUGAAGAAGAAAAAGCUUACCAAAGCCGACCUUAAGUUUCCUCAUCACUGCAGCGAGAUCAUUAAAAGAGAGAAGGCCAUGAAGCAAAGAGAUCCCGACCAGUUCAUCAUUAGGUGCUCAAUUGGACAAGGUAGGGGCGAGAUCACGAUUAGUGACAACUAUAGUAGAUCCACCUACAAAACAGAGAGCGCGAUGCUUAAGUAUGAAGAGACGCAACAAGCAAAGAUAGAGCACGAAUGCAGGAUGGACAUGAUGACCGACACGUCAAAGCCAUAUAGGCCAUUAGAAGGGGAAGAUCUUUCUAAACGUUCUAUUUUUCUUGUUAACUCUUUACCUCGAGCUCCUAAAAAGAAUAAGCCUAAGCUUACUAAGGCUCAUUUGCAGGAAAAACCCAAGAAAAAGAAGAAAAAGACUCAACCUCUAGUCGACCCCGAAGUCUACGUGAUCAAGACCUCGAAAGGGAAAUAUAAGUGGUGGAAAAAGAUGUGCAACAACUUGGUUCCAUUCGCGGUGUUUAACACUAGAGUUGUCGAUCCACCCACCUAG